GAUAACACGAGACAGACGCACUGAGCGGGCAACGGCUACCAAGUUCGGGACACUGUGCUCGAGCUGCAGGUGUCAGACGCGCGCAUUUAAGUGCUUUCCUUGUGAGCCAGAACUUGGUAAUGCGAUAAAUAAGCUAUACAAAUUAUUCUGCGGAGAGGAGCGGCGAAUUCCUUGAGGCAAUCUACGUCGCGGUCCUUUCAUUCGGAGUUAUCCGCUUACGAUCCAACAGGGAUAUAUUUUAGGCGAUUAUCAGAAAGAUGCCUCUGAUUGUGUUCAGGAGGAAAGGCAAGCUCUGAAGGCGUACCGCUUGCCAAGAUUUACACCAGCAAACAAAAAACGGUGUUCUUUUCCCGUAAACCUCAAGGCUGACUGACUCAAAGAAAGACCAAGCCACCUGACAAAAACACGCUCACACUUGCCUACAAUCACUUAAAUUCAAUUCAGGGCAAUACAAACCCAGCACACACACACACACACACACACACAAAACAAUGAUGACAGAAAACUCAAGUUCCAGGAUGGACACCCCGACAAACAUCUCGCUGAGUGCCGUGGACACUGUCUCCGAGUCGCUGCAGUAUAAGACGGUGUCCGUGUUCCUGGUGCUGCUGGUGUGCAGCCUGGGCAUCGUGGGAAACGUAAUGGUGGUCCUGGUGGUCCUCACCACUCGUCACAUGCGCACGCCCACCAACUGCUACCUGGUCAGCCUGGCAGUGGCCGACCUCAUCGUGCUGGUGGCCGCCGGCUUGCCCAACGUUUCUGACAGCUUGACGGGCACCUGGGUGUACGGGCACGCUGGCUGCCUGGGCAUCACCUACUUCCAGUACCUGGGCAUCAACGUGUCUUCCUGUUCCAUUACCGCCUUCACUAUUGAGAGGUACAUCGCAAUCUGUCACCCGAUGAGGGCUCAGACCGUUUGCACGGUUUCCCGGGCCAAGCGCAUCAUCGCGGGCGUGUGGGCGCUCACCUGCGUCUACUGCCUGCUCUGGUUCUUCCUGGUGGACAUCCAGGUGAACGCAGACCAGCGGGUGCAGUGCGGGUACAGGGUGUCCCGUGACCUCUACCUGCCCAUCUACCUCACCGACUUCGCCAUCUUCUACGUCCUGCCGCUACUGCUGGCCAUCGUGCUGUAUGCCCUCAUCGCCCGGAUCCUCUACCUGGGGCCCCUGCCUCAGCCCACCAAGAGCGAGGCUCACACUGCCACCACGCUGCGUCGGAGCUGCAAGGAGCCGCCUGAGGGCGGAGCCAAAGGCCGCCACAGGAGCGCACUCUCCUCCAGGAAACAGGUAACAAAGAUGCUGGCAGUGGUGGUGGUCCUGUUUGCCCUGCUGUGGAUGCCUUACCGAACGCUGGUGUUGGUCAACUCCUUUGUUACCACGCCCUACUUGGACGCCUGGUUCUUGCUCUUCUGCAGGACCUGCAUCUACGCCAACAGUGCCAUCAACCCCGUGGUCUACAACCUGAUGUCCCAGCGUUUCCGCUCUGCUUUCCGUGACCUCUACCGCUGCCAGGGGGAGGCGGCUCGGCGACGGACCCUCUCCAUGGUAACCGCCGGCUACAGCACGGCCAGAGACCCCUCGACCGCUGGCAACGGGACCAAGACAAAGGUUGCCGCAGAGACCGAAAAGAAGGGCAAAGCAGUUUCCUUCGGAAAGGACAGAGUAGACGCGGAUACCUCCGAGAGAUGGAGGGAGAAGAGGGACACGGUCAGUGAUGCCCUGGAAGCAACACCCUGUUCCACAGAGACGAAGAACAACAAAAUGCAGCACAGCAUAGUGUAGAGGGUCAUGCGAAGGAGCCCUUCCCUGUGUUUUUGACACAUCAAGGGAUGCGUUCCAAGGUGUUUUAACGACUGGUUUCAAUGAGACAACAAUAUUACAUUUGUAAUCGACACUGGAGGAACGCUGCUGGCAUUGAUAACCCAAUGAACUUGCUUUCAAAAUAGAAAAUGUUUUUACUUUUACCAUCGACCACCAUCAAAUGUCACAAGAAAACAAAUUAGUAAAUUCAACAAUGGAAGAUGACAAGUUAAUCUUUAAAACAAUCUUUAGGCCAGUUUUUAUUAUGCCAAAUGUACUUUAUAGCCUCUUAAUUCAUUGCCAUUCAAUGAUAAUUGCAAGAUAUCCAAAUCUAUCCAAGCUUGAUACUCGGGAGCUAGCUAGCUAGGGGCUAGAAGCAGCUAGUUCCUUACCUAGUCAACUAGCUACUGAAAAACACUUUUUUUCAUGGCAAAAGAUUAAAAUAACUUUUAAGAUUUUAAUGUUCGUGCAAUGAAAAAUGAUACACUAUUGCAUAAAAAAGCACUGUUGUACUGUUUAGUUGAAAAUAAUUCAAGACUAUAAUAUGAAUACUGCAGUAGACAUGAGCUUGAUUAACCAGUGUUUUUACUUUUUUAUUUCAUUUUAUUUUUUUACAAAUUGAAAUGGGAUGCUUUAAAAAACAUCAGCAAAUAGACUGGUCAUCUGCAUAUAUACCAACCUGGAGUCUGAUUGGUUGGUCCAAAUAUCCUUAAACAGGAGCGUGACCAGACAUUUUUUGAAUAAAUGUAUCAGAAUGUAGUCUGAUAAGCCCACUUGUCAACAAAUAGCAUACUGGAAAAUGAUUGGCUCACUCAUUCACAAACUGGAGAAUUAUUUUGCCACUGAUUAAUGACUCAGCACACAGAAGAAUUAUUGCCCAUUCCUGUUUAACCCCUUCACGCAAGUUCCCUAGUGGCCAGGAUGCCAGCGUCCUGAAAUUGUUCAACUCAGAAAUUCAGUUCUUCUGCAAACAAAAUAUGAGUGGAAUUAACACUGUGUUCUAGCUUUAUUUGGAGACAAUAUAUGACAACUAUGCCUAAUACAGAGUUUCUAAGUGCCAUCAUUGCUGCGUAGGUCAUCCAUCUAACAAGCACCCCCUCCCUGCAGACUCUGCUGCAAGUAAACCCCCUAAGCGUGAGACAUUGGACAGUAAUGCCUAUCUGGGAGUUCAUAAAAAUAUGCUUUCAACACCAAAAAUUAGUAUUCCUUCAUAGCAACAAGAUAAAGCCAACAAUAGCCCAAAGGUAUGCCAAUAAAGGGGUAAAAAACGCUGCUCACAGAAUAGCGAAACAAACAAGAGAGAUUCUUGUGUAAAUAUACGGCAUAAUUCUAUGAACAAAACAUGUGAGUAAAUAUGGAAUAAAAAUACAAUCUUAUGAUUUUUUUUUACAUGUUUCACAAUUUAGUGGUUGUUUAAUUCAUUUGAGAAAUAAGCACGCAAAUAGAAAGCGGGGAUAGGCAUUUACAUUGGCCACGUGCAAAACCCAACUUGCAUUUUGUGCUGUCGUAACACUUUUCAAUUCAUUCUGGUUGGUUAGAUAACUUUUUUCGGUAUCUUUAAUCCAGUAGAGGGGAGUAUCCACUGUCCAGUGGUGUAUGGCACAUCUCAUUUGAAAUUUAUAACAAUGAUUGAGAGCCAAAUGUAACAGCCUGAAUGGUUUCUUAAACGCAGCAUUGUGCUGUGAACCAUAAUGUCAUGCAGACAUUGAGGUGCAGUUGUUGUUUUCCUUUGGUUUUUGAAAGAUUUUACUAAUUUUGCCAACUCGCCACCAUGGCUAAAGCAAGUUUUCGCCAUGCUGAUAUGGAUUUGGGGAGUGAGUCAGGAGAGGAAUAGGAAGCAUGAAGUCUAACAAGGAUACAUACGAACAUGGUGAAGCUGUAUGUAUUACUGCUUGUAACAUUUCAAUUAUUUAUGUUGUGUUUUGUUUUUGAUAUUGUUAUGUUCACAUUGGUCAUAAUAGACAACUUAGCUUUUGCAAAUAAUGCUGAACAUAUUUGUAUUGGGCACAAACUAAUAUAUGUUAGUGCAGGGGCAUUGUUAGCAUAUCCUGAGCAGAGUUAGCAUUGUGGCUCGCAGUGACCUACUUUGCUAGAAUUCAUACCACUCACAAUUAAAUUGAGUGUCUUUCAAGAGGUUUAUGUUAUUCUAUAAUUCGGGCAUUUCACACACUGUAGUGUAAAUGUUCUCAGUAAAUGGCUCAGUAAUGUGUUAUGUUUGAUGCAUCGGUUUACCUUAAAGCAAAAACAUCGGCAACAUUUUUCUGAUGUUGGUGUAUUAUUUCAUUGUACUGUUAUUGUACAUAAUGUGGGCUAUUGGUAUCUCCAUGGGCUAUACUUUCCACUUAGGGCAUUGAAAAUAUUCAUUCAGAUUUACUGUGUGCUGAUAUGGACUAGAUGAACGUAACAUUUCCCUUGGAGUAAUCAUAAAUAGUAGCAUUUGGAAAAUGUUGUCCCAUCCCCAUGCAUCAAAAGAUUACAUACUGUUGUGUACAGAAAACACAUACAAGAGUGAAUGAUUACAUAUUUAGAUAUGUGUACCACAAUGUUUUUGCAUGAUUAUUCAAUGUAAUAUCAAUGUUUCAUCUAAAAUCAUCAUAAGGGGCAAGCUCAUAUGCUUUAUAAUGGAGAAAAGGCAUUUUAUACAUUUUUCAGAUAGGUUUUUGGAACCCAAGAUAUCUUAGACCCUUAUACUGAUGGUGGAAAGAUGAUGCAAAAGUGAGAUGUGUGAGUCAAAACAGUUAAAUUUGUGGUGAAAUAUAAGAUUAUAUUAUGAUUUACUGCAAUGCACAGUUUUGACAUUUUGGUUAGAUUUUGGAGACGCUAAAGGACACCAGGGCACACUGUUCACAUAUAGAUAUCAGCCUCAGAUUUUUGCACACUUAUAUAAGGUCAAUGAUUGUAUGACCUAGGGCAUGUAUAGUUUUACGUAUUUUAUACAUGGGAUCUCUCUCUAUUUUAUUUCAAACUAAAUGAGAACAAUUUCAUUUUUGCAUUCAUUUUACAUUUUCGCCAAUUGCAUUUCUGGCACUUUGUUUCUACCAGUGUCUUGCUUAAUUUAAGCAAUUUUUCCAAGUCUCUGAAAUGCUCACAUCUGGAGUUAUAAAGCCUUAACUAGAACCCCAACUAAAUGGUCAGAAAUCGAUUGGCCAGAUUUGGCGGCUGCGUGAAGGGGUUAAAAAAGAAAACGACUCCCUGGAAGGUUUCCGGCCUAAACAGUGGAAAAUAAAUAAAAGAGAUUUCAGCCACUGGAAUGAGUAUAUGUGGGAAAAGACAUGCUCCCUCAGAACCCUUCCUGAGAGGAGGUUAUGUUAGGACUGGUUACAAGGAUCUGGGAGACUAUAAACACAAUUUGGAGAGGAUGGCCGUUCUUUAUGGAUACAAAUGUGACACCCUGUACCUCUCUUGGACCACUGCUGUAAUUUUGAAUAUAGCGGUGUGGAGUGCUGCUGUUCUUUAUUGAUACAGGUGUUUCAUACUAUCGAUGUGAAGAUGGCUGUCAUCUAUGAAUGCAAAUGUACACAUUCUACACACCCUCGUUGAGAGGGUAGCUAUUCUUUAUGGAUACGAAUAUGGUGCACUAUAUCCUUCUUGGUAGACUGCUGUCCUGUAUGAAUAUGGAUGUGACACACUGUAUCUCUGUGAGGUUAGCUGUUCUUUAUGAAUAUGGAUGUGAUAUACUGUAGCUCUGCUGUUGCUUAUGGAUUUGGAUGUGUCAAACUGAGAGAGGGUGAGGGUUCUUUAUUAAUACAAAUGUGACACGCUGUAUAUCUGAGAUCGGCUGGCUGUUCAGAUGUGACAGUGUAGCUGUGUGGGAGGGAUCAUCUGUCACUGUCUUGUUAAAGCCCUCGUGGAACUUGUUGUGAAGUGGAGUGUUUCCACCAUCAAACCGGGACUGUGCACUUCAUCUUCCUGUCCGUCUUGCUUUCAUUUUCCAUCUGUUUAUAUCUUCCCUUUCUGUCCACGUCUAACCUUCUGCUUUACCCCAUCCAUCUAUAUGUGUGUGUGUGCAGGUUUGUGUGUGUGUGUGUGUGUGUGUGUGUGUGUGGUGUAUAUAUGCGUGUGUGUGUGUGUGUGUGUGUGUGGUGUAUAUAUGCGUGUGCGGUGUGUGUACAUUAAUCUCUGGAUGUGUGUGUGUGUGUGUACAUUCACCUCUGGAUGUGUGUGUGUGUAUACAUUCAUCUUUGAAUGUGUGUGUAUGUAUGAGUGUGUGUGCAUGUACAGUAAUCUUUGAUUGUGCGUUUGUGUGUGCUUGAACCUGCACUCCUGUCAUUCACUGUGCAGUAAGCGUCAGUUCUCCCACAGUCUCUUCAGCACAACAUCUGCCCUCGUAAUCGGAUGCAUAUUAUAGGUAAAUUGCUGUCAUUUGUCAGUGUGGAGAGUAAUUAUUUUUUAACACAGCCUGUUUUAUCAGAUUCAUAAUGGACUGUGAAAUGGCCCUUUAAUCUGAAAGUGGUUGAAAAAUACAGAUACAUAUUUCCACCUGUUUGCUUUCACCUUGUAUUAUAUUGCUGAUACGGUAUUUCCAGUAUUGCAGACUGUAAAGGUUAUUAUGGGACUUUUAUCUGCCUCCUUAUUGUUGUUCUGUCAGUUUUGAAUGUGAUCUCUCAAUGCUGUGACGCCAUAGCUCUGAAUGAAUGUGUGAAACAAGCUUUGUGUUUGUAUCUGAGCGCACGUGUAGCAUUGUAGAUGUGUUUAUUUGCCCAAAUCUAAUAAAAUUAUGAGGAAAUUA